AUGGACAUGUUCGUUAACCGCUUGCAACAGUUCCUUGGUCUUGGUGGCCGUGCACCAAGUGGCCAAGCAUCUCCUGUUCAGCCUUCGGUCGAUGAUAUUCUCGCAAGCCAGACCUCGAUUGUCGACACUCCCGAUAGAACUUCCGACGCAGAGGACACUAGUGCUCUCUGUAUCAAACCAAGUGAUAUUCACAAGACAACUAACUACCCAACCGCCUCGAAUGGUCUCGGAGAUGUUUACAAGUGCAUAUGGAGCCGCGGUGCAAGUUCGGAUGAGGUCGCGGUCAAAUCCCAACGAUUCCCAAUCCUGAGUGAUCGUGAAUAUGUUAGAAUCAACAAGGAUCUUGACCGGGAGAUCCUCAUAUGGGCCGUGCUGGAGCAUCAAUAUGUAUUGCCCUUGUAUGGCACUGUAGAGGGAUUCGGCCCAUUUCGCGCAUUAGUUUCUCCCUGGAUGCUGAACGGGACUUUGAACUCUUACCUUAAUCACGCACAUGAGACCCUCUCGAUGAUGGAUAGGCUUCGGCUGCUUAAACAAAUCACUGAGGGGCUCCAGUAUCUCCACGAUCGCGACGUGAUACACGGUGACCUCACCAACAAUAAUGUUCUGGUUGCUGCCGAUGGAUCCCCUCGUCUUGCAGAUUUCGGUAUCUCCAAUAUCAUGGUACAAUCAAACCCUACAUUUUCCUACCACACCGGUGCAAUACGUUGGGUCGCUCCAGAGCUCCUUGAUCUUCCGGAAGAUCAACCCAUACAAUGCGCAACGAAAUCCAGCGACAUAUACGCUCUCGGCGGUAUCAUGCUUCAGGUCCUAUAUGGGAAACAGCCUUACUGGUGGCUGAAGUCGCCAUUACACGUUAUUUCUGCUAAGUUCAACCAAGGAGAGCCUAUCGACUCUUCCAUCGAGAUCCAACCUAAUCACCUGAAUUUCAUGCGGCGGUGCUGGUCAACGGCAAGGGAUGAUCGUCCGUCAGUAGCAGAGGCAAUAGAUUACCUUCAAGAAGCACUGUCGAAUGAUACUUCGUCUGUAUAAGGUCUUAGUUCUGACGCGAUCCUCUUUCUCGUCUUUAUGUUAACUCCGGUUGUGUCCUAUUACUAUAUAUCAUGUUGCUCCACGUAUACCCUCACUUCUCUGUGUCGUAUGAUACACUACCUGGAUUCCUAUUUAUGUGGGAGC